CGUUUAUCAUCUUCUCCGCUCAUCGAUUCGAGCAGUCUCCCUUUCUUCGCGAUAUCCCUCCGUCGUCGACGAUUCUUUCCUGCCUUGCAAGAAUCACGGCAAGCUUCUGCUUCUUCUUCUUCUUCUUCUUCUUAUUCGGAUUCCAAGACGCUGCAGAUUAGUUCAGAGAGGCCAACAGGGUUGAGUUCGUGGCGGAAGAACCCGAUAACCCCCACGCGUCAGUGGCCAUUAGGGCUCCCGCAUUCUUCUUCCAAUUGCACUGUGAGGAUCGAAUUCCGCUCAAGAGAUGCUUCGAAGCUCCGUUCCUCGACUCGCUUCGCUCUCAGUUGGCCUCAGUACCUGCAAAUUCUCGACUUUGCAGCCGGCGGUAACCUCAUCGGCUGAGCAAUUCUACGCCCACCUGCAGAAUCACGGAGCCAAUUUCGAGAAAACCCUAGCUUCCAUCAGGGCCAAGAUCGACCCCUCAUGCAUAAGCAAGGUGCUGCGCAGAUGCUCUGUGGAUCGUUCCUUGCUGGGUCUCAGAUUUUUCAUCUGGGCUGGCACUCACUCCACUUACCGGCACAGUGGCCAUAUGUACAGGCAAGCUUGUGAGAUUUUCUGGAUUCAUCAUAACCCCGGUGCGAUUUUGGAAGUUCUUGAGUCUUACAGAGCUGAUGAGUGCUCAGUCAAUCUCAAAACAGUUAAGGUGGUCUUGAAUCUGUGCAAGGAAGCUAAGCUUGCCGACGAGGCUUUUUGGGUAUUGAGAAGGAUGGGUGAUUUUAACUUAGGGGCUGAUACCGUUUCCUAUAAUGUCGUCAUUAGGCUGUUCUGUCAGAAGGGCGAUAUGGCCACUGCAGGAAUGUUGAUGAGGGAGAUGGGUUUGGUCGGUCUUCGCCCCGAUAUGAUCACUUUUGUCGAGAUGAUUAAAGGGUUCUGCAAUGUGGGGGAGUUGGAGAGUGCUUGCAUGUUGUUCCAGGAUAUGAAAGAGCAGGGCUGUAUCCCGAAUACAGUGGUUUUCUCAACCCUUUUGGAUGGAUAUUGCAGGAGCGGGAGUCUCGAGAGGGGUCUAGAGUUGUUGACGGAGAUGGAGAAAGGGGGUGGAGAUUGCAGUCCUAAUGUUGUUACGUAUACCUCUGUCAUUCAGAGCUUCUGCAAUCAGGGUCUCGUGGUGAAAGCACUGGCGGUAUUGGACAGAAUGAUCAAUCAAGGAUGUCCUCCCAAUCGGGUCACUGUCCGUGCCUUAGUCGAUUGCCUUUGUGCUAAAGGGCGUCUGGAGGAAGUAGAUGAAUUGAUUGACAAGGUCGUUUCUUGCGGCAGCUUCUCGAUUGCUGAUUGCAAUAGCAGUUUGAUCGUUUCUUUGAUAGGAUUAGGGAAGUUGGAAGAGGCUGAAAGGCGAUUUAUCAGAAUGUUGAGUUGCAAAAUGAGACCUGACGGGAUGACUUGUAAUAUGAUCAUAAGGGAGCUGUGCUCCACGGGAAGGCCUUUUGAUGCAUUUAUGUUGUUUAGGGAAAUCGAGAAGGCAGGAUGCUCGGCUUUCAUUGGAUCUAAUGCGUUCUCUGAGCUCCUUAUGGGGCUCACUAAGCUUAACCACAAAGAAGAGGCUGCAACACUUGCAAGGUUAAUGCUCGAUAGAGGAAUUAGACUCCAAGCUCCUUAUGUCGAUAAUGUUGUGAAGUUCCUAAAAAACAGUGAAGAGAGUGUGCUGAUUCCCGAGUUGACAAAAGUGGGAAAACCACUUUAAACUCCGGAGACGGCGUCGUAUGUGGCUCAUAUCCUACAGAAGCUGUUAGUGACAGUUUACUAGAUUACAUUCAUACAACUUCAAUCAUCAGGGUCUAUUGAUCGUGCUGAGAGCUCGAGAAUUAAGGCGGCUGAGAAUCCAAAAGACCUUGGGUUAGCUAUAUAUCUGAGCUGAAGGUUAUCAAUGGAAUAAGGAAUUGGGAUUUGUUCCUGGAAGCAAAGAUAUAUACUGAUUAUGGCCAGUGCAGUCGUCCACUUUUCAUUGUCGAGAAGCAAAGACUUCUAAUUAGGAAGAAGCAGAUACAUGCAUCACAGCAGAGAGUAUGUUGAUUAAAACUCUGAGACUUGUCUGGAGGUUCUUAGGCUAUGUUUGGGAGGAAGGGAUUUGGAGGAAGAGGGAGGAAGGGAUUUGGAGGAAGAGGGAGGAAGAUGGAGGGAAAUAGAGGGAUUUCUAUGGAAAAUUUCAUAUAAAUCUCUCCAUCUCCCUCUCUCUCCUCUCAAACACACCCUUAAUUUUGGUAUUAAAGUCAUGCUUAUUCUUCCUACUCUCCAGGAAAGCCCAGAAGAGGGUGGAUGGCAAGAUUUGCUGGCUAAAGGAUUUAUAGAGUACAUUGAUACUGAGGAAGAAGAAACCACUAUGAUAUCAAUGACCAUUAAUGACCUUGUGCAAGCUAGGCUUAAAACCAGAGGAGGCAUAUUCUGAAACUUAUACCCAUUGUGAGAUCCAUCCUUCACUGAUCCUUGUUGUUUGUGCUUAGAUUAUACCAUUUCCUGAUCAUAAUCAGGUAAUUCUUUUAGUACAAGUGAACUUGACUGAUUAAUUUGGUUUACGGUGUCAUCAAUAUUUACUUCUUUUUUUUUUUUUUAAAUG